AUGAAUCUCGUGUGUUUACCUAGAACAAAUAUCUGUGGUACCGGAAAGGAGAGGCUCAUUCUCUGUCUGCAUCGCCUCACCAACAAGCCAAACAGCCGCGUCAGGACGAGUCCAGUGUGUCAUCCUGGUUGCAACGGGAAGCGCAACUUCAACCUCUUUCGUCCCAAAACCGUCCACUACCUAGAAGCCCUCAAGCAGCAAUUUAGAUACUUCGGCCCGUUUCCGGCUAAAUACAAACUAAUCGCAGCGCCAAUGGCUGUUCAUAUUGUUUUGUACCUCACAGAAAUAAUCCCUCAUCGAGAUACGACUCCAUUCUCCCGGAUGACGGAGCGGGAGGUAGGGAAGCGGGAUAAGAAGCUUAUCGGGAAGAUUACAAAGAUAAAUUGGAUGGAUAGGCCUAGCGCUAAGGAGUUGUUGGAGGGAUGA